GGUAGUGACACGUGUCAAUCAACCCCCUCCGGGGGGCGCGCGCUCCGGGGCUCGCGCCGAGGGCUCGCGCCCCUGCCUCGUGCCUGCGCUGCUCGUAUGUAAAUGAGGGCGCGUGACGCGGGACGCAGAUGGACAAGGGAAGAGAGAGAAUGGCCGCUGCCGCCGCCGCUGCUGCUGCCGCCGCCGCCGCCGCCGCCGCCGCUCAGUGCCGGAGCCCUCGGUGCGCGGCAGAGAGGAGAGGAUUUCGGCGGGAACUCGACUCUUGGCGCCACCGCCUCAUGCACUGUGUAGGUUUUGAGAGUAUUUUAGAAGGGCUUUAUGGACCACGGCUACGAAGAGACCUCAGUUUAUUUGAAGACUGUGAACCAGAAGAGCUGACUGACUGGUCUAUGGAUGAAAAAUGUUCAUUUUGUAACCUACAGAGAGAAGCAGUCAGUGAUUGUAUACCAUCUCUUGAUUCUUCACAGUCAACACCAACAGAGGAGCUAUCAUCUCAGGGCCAGUCCAACACUGAUAAGAUUGAAUGCCAAGCAGAAAGUUACCUAAAUGCACUCUUUCGAAAGAAAGAUCUUCCUCAGAACUGUGAUCCUAACAUUCCCCUAGUUGCUCAGGAAUUAAUGAAAAAGAUGAUACGUCAGUUUGCAAUUGAGUACAUUUCAAAAAGUGGUAAAAUUCAAGAGAAUAGAAAUGGUUCAGUUGGACCAAGUCUAAUAUGUAAAAGUAUCCAAAUGAAUCAAGCAGAAAGCUCCCUUCAGGAAGAGCAGGAAGGCCCCUUAGACCUCACUGUGAAUCGAAUGCAAGAACAAAAUACUCAGCAAGGGGAUGGAGUGUUAGAUCUCUCUACAAAGAAAACCAGCAUAAAAUCUGAAGAAUCGUCCAUAUGUGAUCCUCCUUCUGAAAAUUCAAUGGCUGGGAGACUACACAGAAACAGAGAGGACUAUGUGGAAAGAAGUGCUGAGUUUGCAGAUGGUUUGCUCUCAAAAGCUUUGAAAGACAUUCAGUCUGGAGCACUGGACAUAAAUAAAGCAGGCAUACUUUAUGGCAUACCUCAAAAAACUUUACUUCUCCACUUAGAAGCCUUACCAGCAGGGAAGCCUGCAUCUUUUAAAAACAAAACUCGAGAUUUCAAUGAUAGUUACUCAUAUAAAGACAGUAAAGAAACUUGUGCAGUGCUGCAGAAAGUAGCCUUGUGGGCAAGAGCUCAAGCAGAGCGCACAGAAAAAAGUAAAGUCAAUCUACUUGAAACCUCAGAAUUAAAAUUCCCAACAGCUUCCAGUUACCUCCAUCAGUUAACUCUACAGAAAAUGGUUACUCAAUUUAAAGAAAAAAAUGAAAGCCUACAAUAUGAAACUUCAAAUCCUACUGUACAGUUAAAAAUUCCUCAGCUACGAGUGAGUUCUGUUUCAAAACCACAACCUGAUGGUUCUGGUCUGCUGGAUGUUAUGUAUCAAGUUUCUAAAACCUCUUCAGUCCUGGAAGGAUCAGCUCUCCAAAAACUGAAAAAUAUACUCCCUAAGCAGAACAAAAUAGAAUGUUCUGGGCCUGUAACUCACUCAAGUGUUGACUCUUAUUUUCUACAUGGGGACCUCUCUCCUUUGUGUCUUAAUUCUAAAAAUGGAACAGUUGAUGGAACCUCUGAAAACACUGAAGAUGGAUUGGAUCGAAAAGAUAAUAAGCAGCCCAGGAAAAAACGUGGCCGCUAUCGGCAGUAUGAUCAUGAAAUAAUGGAAGAGGCUAUUGCAAUGGUAAUGAGCGGAAAAAUGAGUGUUUCCAAAGCACAAGGAAUUUAUGGGGUACCUCACAGCACUUUAGAAUACAAGGUAAAAGAAAGAUCUGGAACACUGAAGACUCCUCCGAAGAAGAAACUCCGAUUACCAGACACUGGGUUAUAUGUGACAGAUUCAGGGACUGGCAGCUGCAAAAACAGCAGCAAGCCUGUGUAGAUUACUUGUUAGGAAAAUGUUUGUAUGCGCGUGUGUGAGUGUGUGUGUUUGUGUGUAUGUGCACAGGUGUGUAUUUGUGUGUCUGUAUACACACAUGUGGGAAUUACAAAUGCUCACUCUGACAGGAGACAUGAAAUUUUACAGUUCAAAAACCACUUACAUGCCUUUUGAAAAAAGUUUUAUUCAGGGUUUUCACUGUGGACAGAAUUAUAUAGUUGCUUACUUAAUUCUGAUAGUUUGUAUCUAAUCCUUGUAUAAAUAGGUGAAAAAGAUUCAGGUUUUCUUUAGUAGUCAAUAGCAUAAAGCGUUGUGGGAAAACAAGUAAUUGUCAAGUGAAACAUUUUUAUUGGUGAAAGACCACUCCAGCCAUUCAGUUGAACCAUCUUGUAAUGAAAAUAAGAUAUUAAUCGUUUAUAAACAUUUUUACGUAACAUACUUACUGUUAUUGUAAGUACAUCAAACAACCGAUCAAAGUUUAAAUGGACAGCUAUUUCCAUACUAAGAAAAAUUAAUAUAUACAGUAUUAGUACACUACAGUGCAUUCUGUGAAAUACAAAAUGCACUCAAGUGCAUCCACCAGGAAUAGAGAAGGAAACCUUAAAUGAUAUGUAUAAUGAAAUUUAAUAUUUAUCAUUUAAUAGUUGAUUUAGCAGGAAGAUGGGGUUUAUAAGGUAUAUACUUUAAAAAAAAAAAAAAAAAAAA